GCCAGGCGAGCGUACAGACGGGUCAUGAUGCUUCAGUGACGGUGCGCUGAGAAUUGUAUUGAAUGCUAAAAGGUUUACCUGUACUUGUAGUUGAAUGGAAUAAAAAAAGGGUACCGUUUUGGGUGGCUAGUCUACCAGAGACAUCACCAUGUCGCUGAGCGUCAUCAUAGAGGAGCCGUCGGGCUUUCGUGACGAUGACCUUCAUUACAUGGGUCGAGUUAGCCACAACUCGCCCCGUGGUAGGUCGAGAGUGCGUGCCAGCGGUGGCGGGAGUCGCCCCCGAGACCUUCGCUACGGACCUCAAACGGGACGAUACAGCAAGGGAGCUGGAGCACGGGGUCUCGGUGGGCUCCGGUUCAGUCAGACGUUUACACCGGGUGCUCCGGUGCGACAUGACGGCGGUAAACCCAACGUCGUGCCCAUCAGAUUCAUCCGUAAUCCUCGUCACCCAAAGAGUUUAUACAAUACAGAGAUAAGCAUGAGAAAUGCCUCACGGGGACGACCUCUCAAGGUUUCGCCCGAUAUGGCCUUCCCGGAUCCCAGGGAACACAAAUCAAUCCGGAAUCCACUCGCACCGCGGUUCCGGCACGAGUUUGACGUGAGCGAGGCUACCUAUAACAUAGCACGGAACCCACUCUCCGGUGCGUCCAUUCAAAGACUGGGUGAUUCCGGAGCAGUGUACAACCAAGCGUAUAAUGCAAAUGACGAUAGCAACAGCAGCGAUGAAAGUUCCGGAAGUCAAACCACAGAGUUUGAAGGAUCUCAGCAGACUGACGAUGAUGAUGAUGAUGUAAGUGUGAACGACUCAGCCUCGAGAAUAGCCAUUUACUCAGCCGUGAAUAAGUACAGGGUACCAGAGCCACCUCCAGUCAUGACGAGACCUCCACACUUCACUCCACGCCCCCCAGCACCUCCUCCGGUGCUCAUUCAAAAUGUUCCGUCUAUCCCUCGAGUAGUUGCACCCGAUUGGGAAGCGGUUUACCAGCAGCACCAGCAACCCCAUGUUGAGGUUGAAGAGGUACCACCAAUACCAGAACCCCUGGACACCCUAGCCGAGGAGGACGAAACGCAAGACGAUGACGAAGAGUCGCAAGUGGUCAGAGACAUGAGUACACAGACUGCUAUCAUGAUACAACCAGAUCAUAAUCAAACUGUCAAUCAAGAAGAAGCGGAUGCUGCUGACGAUGAUGAAGAGAGGUUCGUUGACAUGCAAGAGGAAAGCCGGAGUACUAUGACUCACGAUAACUGGGAGGUUGUAGCACCCUGGUCGCAGACCUCUGCUCAGGUGACUCGCAGUCCCAGUCUUGCUGUCAACUACCGGCGUGUCGUGGCAGAGCUCAGCGGUGACGACUUGGAAGCAGUCCAACAACAGGAGGCACAAACUGAGCCUCAAACAACACAACCUCAAAUGAGUGAGGAUCCCCCACCCUGGUCGCCUCCUAUCACACCUCAAGUAGAGCAGAUCUUACACCCAAUGCAUCGCUUACCCAGUUACCCUCCACCCCAAGCCGACGAUUGGGAUCACAGGAGACGAGGAUCCCGUGGUGGCAGACCUGUGUGUGGCUUCUGGAAUGCAUGUUGCUUCAUUGUCCUCAUGCUGUUUGCGUUAGUGGCCGUCAUUGGUGCAGCUGUAGUUACCGCCCUCUACGUUCUUCAAGUUUCAAACUGUUCAACAAAUUGCGGACUUCCGUCAAGACCCGGUUACUUAGCAGGUUUUGUUGCUGCUGGUGCCCUUGCUAUCCUCGUGGUGUUAGGUUUGAUCACGUGGUGUUGUUAUAAUCUAACAGUCAGACAACGUAACGUCAACAAACACCGAAUGGAAAGUUCGACUAGGAGAGAGUGAAGACGACGCCCAACACUGAAAUCACCGAAAAACAGCGCGACUGAAAUCUGAAAUUUAUAUCAAUUGUUGUUACUAUAAACUCAGAAUAAGAGCUAAUCAAAUCAUUGAAUUAGUUCAUCUGGGUUUUUGAAGAUCAUGAAUUAAAAGAUUCGUUUUUACAAACGUAACUUCUAAAUUACAUGUAAGUAACAUCAUACAUAAUUUUGGAAUUGUAAAGACGAACCUUUAGAAUUCGAAGCUAAUCUAACUUUUGCUUAUCUCUCUUCUGGACAGACUGUUUGAUACCAAAUUAUUAUUAUAUAGACCAUUAGAACUUUGUUUACACUAAGUGUGACCUAAAAUGUGAGUAUUCUGGCAGGCACAAUACUGCACAGGUCAUAAGGGAAAGUUUAAAUUUUGUGUCAUAAUUUCCGCAUAAAUCCAAUAAUUUUUAAAGUAAAAGCUGGUCAGGUUUGGAGAUGUGCCCCCAUUCAUAAAAUCAAAAGUCGAUAAGAAUUAGACAGUGCAAUCUCCAUAAAAUAUUAUACACAAAAUGAAUGUUUAUGAGUGCAAUGGUGCAAAU